GACAAAAGCAGAAAAAGAAGAGGAGCCGACUAAAAUUUAAGUCAAAGCAGAGGCAAGGAAAUAAAUAAAUGUAAAGGCACGGCAACGCAUUUGUGUAAAAAGUGUAAAAUACAAGUACAAGGCGAAAAAGUUGCCUGAAAACGCCUGAAAAUAGAAAAUAAGAAAACACACCACAACAGCAGCAACAACAACAGUAGUAGGGCCAGCAUCAGCAAAUAAAAUAAUUCAAGUAAAUUAAAUUUUCGCACUGUGUCUGCUGUCUGCGUGUGUGUGAGUGUGACCCGCGUGUUGGUGCGGGUGUUAAAAUCAAGGAGAUCAAGUGAAGUGUGACAAAGAAAUUUCCAGCAAAUUGCAAAAUCAGAGCGACAGAAAUUCCACGCAGGCCUCUUAAACAGUCCACAAUAAACGCAACCAUGAGAGCAGCAUCUGCCUGCAGCAAUAGACAGAUAGGCAGUUGGCACUCGUAAAGUCAGCGGCGAGCACGUGUGCGCCUAAAAGCAGGCAACACAACGUUGUCGUUGGCGUCGUUGCAAAAACAAAAAAUGCCUGCUUGCAUGACAAUUGUAGCGUGCAGGCAUUUAGACAACGCAACAGCAGCAACAGCAGCAACAACAUCAGAAGCAACAACAACAAGAGUUGGAGCUCUGUGCUACGUACGUGAAGCGUUUGUUAACAAGUUGGUGCUGCAGCGACGUCGUCUGCCGCAAGGACACAAGCAUACAAGGACACUGGCAUAGAAGACAGCAGGCUUAGCACCUGCAUUACAGCGCAGACAACGUCCUACGUGCAGAAUAACUCACUUAACUGCCGUAAAGGAAACAAAAAGCGGUUGCAGAUUAAAUUAUAAAGUAUAUUGGAAGUGAAAAAAGAAGGCCUUUGCCACAAACAUCAAUAUUGUGGUUAAUUAAAAAACAACAGCAACAACAAUAGCAAGAGUAGCAGCCACAAAGCUACCAAGUUGUCCAACAAAAAGAACAACAAUAUUGGGAGGAGCAUUCUGGAAAAGGCCAACGCGCCGUUUUGACCAAUAAUAAUAAUGGUAAUGUUGCUGCAAUUUAAGCGACAACUGCCGCCAGCAGCAGCAGCAACACGGAGGCGUGAAACAACAACAACAACAACAAUCAGAACACGAACGCGUGCACGCACAAAAGCACAGCAGUGUCAUAAAGUCACAGCAACAACAGCGGGAGCAGCCGCGGCAGCAACAUCGACGCUGCUGCUGCUGCUCAUAACGCGUGUCGGCAGCAGCGCCGCCAUUACCUACAACAAUGGCGUCGGCAGCAUAUCCGGCAAUUUAAGCGCACAACAACAGCAGCGCAGCAAUCUUGCAACAAGUAACAGCGGUCUCGUAUUGAUCGCCUCCAGUAGCAUCUCAGGGAGCAACAGCAACAACAACGGGAACGUGAACGUGAACGGCAACAACGCAGCAACUUCGAGUGCCGUACCCUCAUUGUCGCUUACGUCAUCAUCGUCAUCAGCCUCGAGCUCAUCAUCAUCAGCGACCAGUUCGUCAUCAGGUGGCACAGGUGGCAGCAACCGCAGUAGUCGCUUGCCCAGCAGCAACAGCAACAGCGGAGGCAGCGGAGGCAGCGGCAACACCAACAACAAUGUUAAUCAUGAUCAAUUACCCGCCCAGCUCUCAUCGCGCAUCAUUCACACACGCAAUGGUGCCAUCUCUGGCAUAAUUGUCCAAUUAGACGGACGACAUUUGGAUCCGGUAGAGGCAUAUCGCGGCAUUCCAUAUGCAUCGCCUCCCGUUGGCAAUUUGCGUUUCAUGCCCCCCGUCUCGGCGGCCAUGUGGUCGGGCGUCAAAAAGGCAGACAGAUUUAGUCCCGUCUGCCCGCAACGACUGCCGGACAUUGGCAAUGAGACGGCCGCUUUGGAGCGCAUGCCCAAGGGACGUUUGGAGUAUUUGAAGCGACUGCUGCCAUAUCUGCAAAAUCAAUCAGAGGAUUGUCUUUAUCUAAAUAUUUAUGUGCCCAUACAAGUUGGCUCCCGUGACUCGAGUAGCAGCAGCAGCGGCAGCAGUUCCAGCAGCAGUUCGAGCAGUUCCAGCAGCAACUCUGGUAGCUCUGGCACCUCCUCACCCGGACCCACAAAAUAUCCGGUGCUGGUGUUCGUGCACGGCGAAUCAUAUGAAUGGAACAGUGGCAAUCCCUACGAUGGCUCUGUGCUGGCUAGCUAUGGACAAAUAUUGGUGGUGACCAUAAAUUAUCGCCUCGGCGUGUUGGGCUUUCUGAAUGCCAACACGGAUCGGUACUCCAAGCUGCCUGCCAAUUACGGCCUGAUGGACAUCAUUGCGGCUCUGCACUGGCUCAAGGAGAACAUAGCAGCCUUUGGGGGCGAUCCGAACAGCAUAACUCUGGCAGGUCAUGGCACCGGAGCGGCCUGUGUCCACUUUCUAAUAUCGUCAAUGGCAGUGCCGGAGGGCCUGCUCUUCAAUCGCGCCAUGCUGAUGUCUGGCUCCGGCUUAGCGCCCUGGUCGCUCGUCAGCAAUCCGGCCAAAUAUGCGGCGAUUGUGGCUCAUCAUGUCAACUGUGCUUCGGAUUUGCCGCAUGCCCAUCUCAUGAAAUGUCUGCGCGAGAAGACACUCGAGCAGUUGCUGAGUGUGCCCAUACGUCCGCCCGAAUUCGGGUUUGCCUUCGGGCCCAGCAUUGAUGGGGUGGUCAUCGAUGGCGGAGAUUAUGUGCCUCCGGCUCCCGGUUCACCAGCUGCACAGGCUCAGGCCCAGGCUUCGACAGCGGCAGGUAAUGGUCUGGGUGGCGAGGCGGGCAUAGCCGCCGCAGGAGGCUGGGGAACGCCCGGGCAACUGGAAAACAUUGUAUUAAUGAGAAAAACUGCCAUUAACAAGUUGUCAAGAUACGACCUGAUGGCUGGCGUGACACGUGCCGAAGCCUUCUUCUCCUUCAACUCUGGCGACGUACAGUAUGGCAUUGAGGCGGAUCGUCGUUCGAGAAUUUUAAAGGCCUACGUACGUAACACGUACACAUUUCAUUUGAACGAAAUAUUCGCAACGAUUGUCAAUGAGUAUACGGAUUGGGAGAGACCGGUGCAGCAUCCAAUUAAUAUCAGAGAUGAAACUUUGGAGGCAUUGAGCGACGCACAAGUCGUGGCACCGGCAGCUCAAACAGUCGAUUUGCAUUCAGCCGAUCAUCGAAACUCAUACCUAUACGUGUUUGACUAUCAGACGCGAUUUGGCGAUUAUCCACAGCGUCAGGGCUGCAUACACGGCGAGGACUUGCCAUAUAUCUUUGGUGCACCGCUGGUUGGUGGUUUCAAUCAUUUUACGCGCAACUAUACGAAAACCGAAAUCAGUCUAUCGGAGGUCGUCAUGUUCUACUGGUCCAACUUUGUGCGCAGCGGAAAUCCAAAUGAGCAAAUGGAGACGGAGCAUGGCAGUCGACAGGAGCGCAGUCGUUACAAGACCAUUGAGUGGACGGCUUAUGAGAGCGUGCACAAGAAGUACUUGAAUUUUGAUACCAAGCCAAAGCUGAAGAAUCAUUAUCGCGCCCAUCGUCUCUCGUUCUGGCUGAAUCUAAUACCAGAUUUACACAAGCCAGGCGGCGAUAAUGUGCCCGCCGCCCAUCAUCAGCUGCAGGACGAUGACGAGGACAACAACAUUCCCAACGAUGCCUCGGUGAAGCCCCUGAAUCCGGCCUAUUCACCCCGAGGUGCUAAUGCCGCCGCCAUGGGCAACUUCACCAUCUUCACCAAUCAGGUCUUCUCGCUGCUGAAUCUCAGUUCGCCCUCAUCCUCCCUGCAACGGAAUGGCACAAGAUAUGCCACCGGAAAACUAUAUCCCGAUGACAUAGAUGGCGAGCAUGCGAGUGGCUCCAGCGCGGCGCAGGACAAUGAUGGAUUUGCCGCCUACUCCACUGCAUUGAGUGUGACGAUCGCCAUCGGUUGCUCCCUCCUGAUACUGAAUGUGCUGAUAUUUGCGGGCGUUUAUUAUCAAAGGGACAAGACGCGUCUUAGUGAGCCGCGCACUCAGACCAAGCUGAAGAGGCAGGAGAAUGGGCAAAUGCCCAAUAAUAUUUGUGGGGAUCUGGAAACCCUCACCAUACACACGAAAAGCGAUCCGGCGACCAUUCUGUCGCAUCAUCAUGCCAUGCAGCAUCAUCAGUUGCCACCGCCAGAGUUUGCGGACAUACCACACCGGGCGCCACCGCCGCCCAAGCACAUGAAAACGCUGCAAGAUGGUGGCCAGGGCGGUGCAACAGGCAGCGUGGUGGGCGUGUCAGGUAUGCUGCCGCCUCCACAUGCACUGCAGGUGUUGGGCAAUCAGUGCGGCACACUAACCAAAAAGAGUUGCAUGAAGCAAACACAAUCACAGCAGCAGCAGCAGCAGCAGCAACAACAGCAACAGCAACACUCGCCGGCCCAACAACAUGUUGUGGCGCAUCAGCAACAUUUGCAGAAUCAUCAUAAUCAGAGCAUGACCACUGUGCUGACCACAGCGGGCGGUUUGGUGGUGCCCACGCCGCCCACUGUGCCGGUGAUUGUGGCAGCGCAGCAGCAUGCACAGCAACAGCAGCAGCAGCAGCAGCAACAACAACAGUCGCAGCAACAGCAACAACAAUCGCAACAAAAUCAGCAACAUCCGCUGAUGGAUGAGCUGCGUGUGUGACAUUAAUUGACCGUGCGUUUUAAAUGUGAUCUCUAAAAGAAAAAGCGCACGUGGUGUCUAGAUGCAUAUAUCUACUUAUAUGUGUGUGUGGAUGUGUGUGUGUGUGUGUGUGAAUGUAUGUUGCUGUUGGUGUGAUUGAACAAAUGUAUGGUUUGUCUGCAGUGCUAGCAUGUAAUCAAGUAGCAAACAACUACAACUGUGUUAUAUAAUUUUAUAGUUUGAAACGCGUACACUAACUGAAGCAUACAAGUAUUUCCCCCACAGUGCAUCGCUGCUCUGAACAACAAAAAUUUAUGAAUAAUUGUUGUCGAGUGUUUUUAAAUAAAUAAGUAAACGUGAACUGUACAUAGCUAGGAUUAAGUGUAGCUCGUUGUAUCCUUGUCCUGUCCCCUAUGAGAUUUGAAAACUCAUGCCACUUGCAACUUAGGUAGGUUAGUCUUCAUUGUGCUUAGCAGUUGAUAUAAAUACAUAUAUUCUCUAUUGUUUAUGAAUAGAUUUUCUAAUUUAAAUUAUUCAUGUGUACAGUUACUAUUAUGUGGCCAACUAUUUUUAUUUUUACCUUCGGUUAUUUUCGUUACACACUGAA